UCAUCACAUGAUUUUUGCAUUACCUCAGCAGAAUAAGUUUCUUCCUAAAGACAAAUCUAAGAUGGACCUAGCAAAUGUACCUGAUACCUCAGCCAGGAAAGCAAGACUCUGCAGACUGGUUGUUGUGAGCUUUGGACUUCUGUGUAUUCUUCAAGCUACUCUCAACAUUUCACUGCGACUGGGGUUUUGCAGUUCAACAACAUCAGAUUUUGAGGUCAUUAUUAAAAAUUUGACUGAAGAACAAAACAAGAGACUGAAUAUAUUAGCUCAUUAUAUCCAACAAGAGUGGAAAUAUUUCAGCCACAGUGUUUAUUACAUUUCAUCUAUUAAAAAAUCCUGGAACGACAGUCGAGAGGACUGUUUGCAAAGGAAUGCAGACCUUGUGAUUAUCAACAGCAGAGAGGAACAGACCUUCAUGAGACAGUUUAAAAAACGGGCAUGGAUUGGACUGACCGACACAGAAAAAGAAGGGACAUGGAAAUGGGUGGAUGGGACUCAACCAACAAUAAGCUACUGGGGCACCGACGAGCCCAACAGUGACAAAGGCCGUGAUGAAGACUGUGGAGAGAUACAGUUCUUUGAGAGAGAAAACUGCUGGAAUGAUACACCAUGUGACACAGAAAAAGUCUGGAUUUGUGAAAAGAAUCUGACUUUGGUGUACCCUCCCUCUCGCCCUCUGUCAGCUGGGGUAGGCUCCAGCCCCCCUGUGACCCUGAACAGAAUAAGCAGAACAGACUGGAUGUCAAGGCCUACAGCCGAAGCUCAAUUAGGAACACAAAUGAGCUCGGAGGAGGCAGAUCUCUAUACCCAACAAGGAUGGGUGUAUUUCAGGGGCAGUUUCUAUUACUUUUCCUCAAUUAAAAAAUCCUGGAAUGACAGUAGAGAGGACUGUCUGCAAAGAGGCGCAGACCUGGUGAUUAUCAGCAGCAGAGAGGAACAGAACUUGAUAAGACAGUUCAGAGGGUACACAUGGAUUGGAAUGACUGACACAGAGGAAGAGGGGACGUGGAAGUGGGUGGAUGGGACUUUGCUGGACAAAAGGUACUGGCACACUGGGGAGCCCAACAACUAUAACGGCCUAGAGGAAGACUGUGGAGAAAUCAAGCUCGUUGAAGAUGAAAACAAAUGGAAUGACAUAGAAUGUAAUACCGAAAACUUUUGGAUCUGUGAAAAGAUGGUGGAUUUGUAA